AAAGUUUUCCGCCGAUAAGAUUCAUUAAUCUAUACACGGAUUGAAUCUCCAAGAUCCACGCCACCUCAAUUCAAACAUACCAACUCUUUAAAAUGGCCGACGAAGCGCUUUCCAUCUACGAUGAAAUUGAAAUCGAAGACAUGACCUUCGACCCCAUCCUCCAGAUCUACCAUUUCCCCUGCCCAUGCGGCGACCGAUUCGAGAUCGCGAUCGAUGACCUUCGCGACGGAGAGGAAAUCGCCGUUUGCCCCAGCUGCAGCCUGAUGAUUCGUGUCAUCUUCGAUGUUGACGACCUUCCUAAGGACGAUAACCAGCAAGGCUCUGGCGCUGUUGCAGUCCAGGCCUAAAUUGUUCAAAGGGGUAUGCCAAUGAGAAUGACAGGGACUAUAAAUUGAUACCGGGGAUAUGACCGUGGCUCAUGCGUCAUUUUACACAACUCGAGGAAUCUUAGCUACUCGUUCGUGGACUGGAAGAAAAGUAUAGAAGCUCGGUCUUCACUACGGGACCGCUCGAUGUCGGAGGCACAACACAGCUCGGAUGCCCGUACUCGCGCUAGUGGAGAGUAGCAUCGUGCUGAUUGCAAGACUGA